AUGUUGGGGUUAGUGGAGAGUAAAGCGGGAGCUACAGCGUCAACACCAGCACCAGCACCGGCACCAGCACCGGCCCAGCCACAGAAGUUCAGUUUCCCAGCCUCGAUAUUGAAUGAAGGGGGAGUGGGUGUGGAUGUAGUGGAGAAGCAAACACAGCAGCCACGGCCAAUGCCACAGCCACAGCCACAGCCACAACAGCCACAACAGCCACAGCAGCAGCCACACAUACAACACCUCCAACCACCCACACCAGAACAAUCCAAGCAGCCAAUCAGCAGAGUGACCCGGGCAUGUGACAGAUGCACGCACAAGAAAUUGCGCUGCGAUGGAAACAUAGUACCCGAUCUGAAUGGUCACCCGCCCACGGUGACCAAGGCGUGUUCGCGCUGCGUGAACGCUCACGUCGGGUGCGAGUACACGCGUGUCCAGAAACGCAGAGGACCAAGUCCAGGAUUCAAAAGACGCAAGUUGUCGAAUGAGAGUGCUGGAAGUGGGAAGAGUAUGCAUUCCCCGGCUUCAUCUAUCGAUAGCCAGAGAGAUGGUCACAGCUUGUCGCAGGAUAGUGUGAAAAUUAGUACAGGUGGUAUACCAGCAGUAGCAGCGUCUAGAGUAACAUCAACGAAUACAUCCCCACCAGUACACAAACCAGUACAUUCACCUUCCCCUCUCAAAACUAUUCCCACUUCUUCAGUAUCUUCUUUUAUCGGUCAGCAGUACACACCGGUACACGGCCACAUAAACACACAUACACACACUCACACACAAUCACAACCCCCAGCAUCAUCUACUCCCCCGGCAUUUAGAUUGCCGUCGAUCAGCAACUGGUUUGAAGGCACCGUGCAGCGCUAG